AUGGGAAUACGUUGUGUCUCUUUUCUGGGACAGAUAUCCCAAUCCGUUUUCCAUGUGCUUACUUCCGAUGUGCUGGAGCGUCGAUUGCUCCCAGAUAGGAAAUUGUACACCAAGCGCCUGAUAUUGAAACGAGGUUUUGGGAAAUUCCCUGCAUGGAUACGACGUUUCGCAUCAGGGACCAAGGAGUUGAUUGUUGAAGAGUCUCUGCUGGAUAUGCACUCUCAAAAUUUGCGAGUAGUCACCCGCAAUGUUGGGUCUCUCGGAAAGUAUGCAACUGUCAUUGAGUACUGCGCGUAUACUCCGAAUACACUCCCCGGCAGCACUGUGAUCAAUCGGGCGCUCAACAUCGAAUCGAACUUAAACUAUACUAUACGCUCCCCCUUAAUCUAUUUCUUGUCUCAUCGUUAUCGUUCCACCGCGAAAGGAGCCCUCGCUGGUUACGAAUACGUUUGUAAUUUAUACAAAGAGCGUUCCCCAUGCACUCACCCAGAUUCAUCGAGGAGACCCUCCGCCACUGAAACCUUUGUGAAUGCCACUAAACACCGCACUAAAGAGGCCCGAGAUUUUGCUUCUAAUUCCCUACCACGCGUUGUCCGCGCCGAUUCCGGAAAUUUCAGGGACCACUAA